GAGGAGCCUGGCGGGGAGGAAGCGGAACCAAAUCUCGCGGCUUCCGUAGCGCUAAUUGGGCGAAGCACGGCGAAAAGCAAAGGGCGGGUAAAAACGGCAGCCAGCGGGAUGAUGGUGGUGAGUUGCGGCCAGCGAAAACAAACACCAGCACCGCGGCAGAGACGAUAACAAGGUUGACAACCGCGGAGGAGAAGCAAGUGGCAUGUUUUCCCACAGGUGGAGGUUUGGUUCCAACAGGUUCACUGAGGUGGACCUCUUCACGGACCGCCAUGAGACCACUGCAGAGACUCUCUCCCAGGCCAUCAGAGAUACAGCGGCUGAGGAGCCCGAUGCAGACGGCAGCGUGCUGUUCGGCAGUCUGCAGGGCACUGUUGUUGGCCUCAGAUACUACACAGGGGUGGUGAAUCGUGGGGAAAUGGUCGGUUUAGUGCGACAGCCCCAGAAUCCAUACGACCCCAAUGCAGUGAUGGUCGCCAACAUUUAUGGCAACCAAGUGGGUCAUAUUAAACGAGAGCUGGCAGCAGCUAUGGCCAGCGUCAUGGACAGAAGUUUGGCUAAAGUAGAAGGGGUGGUACACUCAGGGACGAAAAACUCAUUCAACAUGCCAGUGAUGCUGUCCUUCUGGGGAAAAGAAGAGAACAAAACUGCUGUGAUAGAAACCAUGGCACGUCGCGGAUAUAAACUAAACAUGGGUGGAAGCAAACCAACAGGUGCAAAUCAGGGACCAUAUAGUAGUCAAGGUGCAUUGGCAUCUAAAAAAGGCUUGACCAUCCCACUAACUGCAGAGGAGCUGAAGAAUGCAUUUGACACCCUAUUUGAAGGCUUGAUGGAGAGUAUAGAUGGAGAAAAAGAAGCAGCCAAGGCUGUGGGUACUCCUCUCCUGCCCCACCAGAAGCAGGCGCUGUCCUGGAUGUGUGCUCGAGAAAACAAAUCUGCAUUGCCACCCUUCUGGGAGAAGAGAGGUGAACUGUACUAUAACAGCCUCACGUGUUUCUCUGCGAAAGAAAUACCAGAGAGAGUUCGUGGGGGAAUACUGGCAGAUGACAUGGGACUGGGAAAAACUCUGACAACGAUUGCUCUGAUCCUCACCAACUUUCACAAAGGAAAGCCCCUGCCCGUGGAGGAAUGUGAGGAGAAGUCUUCACCAAUGAAAACCAAAACUAAAGCACAGAAGGCCUCCAAACUGCAAGGAAGCAGCUGUGCAGGAGAUAGAGCAGGAGUGAGUGAUGCAGCAGCUGGUUCUCUAAGCUCAGACCUUCCUCAGGUGGAGGUGAUCUCUGUUGAUUUGCCAGAUGUAGUAGCGAUUGUGGACAAGUCAGAUAAAAGUACGAGCAAAGGGAAAAUGAAAGCCACCAAGCGAAAGCCCAAUAAAGAAGCUCCAGUAUUUCUUGAGGAUCUAGACUUUGCUGCAGCACUCGGUGGCUCAGCAUCAGAUAUAAGCUCAAAGAAGAAGAAGAUUGCCAAGAAGGCCACUCCCACCCCAAGUGUGGAAUCCUCCAUCACUGAAACUGCAGAUGACUUAUCAGCCAGAACGACUCUCAUCAUCUGCCCGCUCUCGGUGAUUAGCAACUGGCUGGACCAGUUUGAGCAACAUGUACGUGCUAACGUGAAGCUAAACGUGUAUCUGUAUUACGGCCCAGAUCGCAAUAGGAGCAAAAAGUUUCUUUCCUCUCAGGACGUGGUGAUCACCACUUACAACGUCCUCUCUGCCGACUUUGGGAAUAAGAGUCCCCUCCAUGGAAUCAAUUGGCUGAGGGUUGUACUGGAUGAAGGGCAUGUUAUAAGAAACCCUAAUGCACAGAUGAGUAAAGCUGUGCUUGACCUCAAAACUCAGCGGCGCUGGAUUUUGUCAGGUACUCCUAUCCAGAACAGUGUGAAGGACCUGUGGAUGCUGCUGGCUUUCCUGCGUCUGAAGCCCUUUGAUGUGAAAGAGUGGUGGAACAGAGUGAUCCAGAGACCUGUUACUCAAGGAGACAGGGCCGGCCUUCAGAACCUUCAGACCCUGGUGAAGUGCAUCACCCUGCGGCGGACCAAGAGCAGUGAGGUGAAUGGGCGCCCUCUCGUGUCUCUGCCUGAGAAGACAGUGUGUGUGGAGCAGGUUGAGCUGAGCCAGCCAGAGCGAGAGGAGUAUGAGCUGGCACGAAAUGAGGGAAAAAACACCAUUGGCAGAUAUGUAGCUGAAGGGACAGUCUUGAGGAAUUAUGCUGAUGUCUUGGCUAUCCUGAUGAGGCUUCGACAGUACUGCUGCCACCCUGAUCUGCUGGCAAAAACAUCCUCAGACUUGGGUGCUGCAGCAACGCCUGCAGAGCUGCGGGAGCGUAUGAUAGAGAAGUUGCGGUUGGUGUUGGCCAGCGGCUCUGACGAGGAGUGCUCUGUGUGUCUGGACUCCGUCCGUCUGCCCGUCAUUACACGCUGCGCCCAUGUUUACUGCCGACCCUGCAUCGCCCAGGUUAUCAGCAAUGAGCAGGAAAAGGCACGCUGUCCUCUCUGUCGAAGUGAGAUCAAGACCAGUGAACUGGUGGAGUUUCCUCAGGACGAAAUGGAGGAAGAGAGCAGUACAAACUCUGAGAAGUGGAGGACAAGCUCAAAGGUGCAAGCGCUGCUGGGAAAUCUGCUCAGGCUGCGAUGUGAAGACAGCAGCAUUAAGUGUUUGGUUGUCUCUCAGUUUACACGCUUCCUCACCGUACUGGAGACUCCACUCAGAGAGCAUGGUUUCAGUUUUGUGCGUUUGGAUGGCAACAUGAGCCAAAAGAGGAGGGCUCAAGUCAUCCAGGAGUUUCAGAGCUCUGCAGCCGACAGCCCUGCCAUCAUGCUUCUGUCACUCAAAGCUGGAGGGGUGGGGCUUAACUUGACCGCUGCCUCUCGUGUUUUCUUGAUGGACCCUGCAUGGAAUCCUGCUACUGAAGAGCAGUGUAUCGACCGCUGCCACCGUCUGGGACAGAAGAAGAAGGUCGUCGUCACCAAGUUCAUUGUGAAAGAUUCAGUGGAGGAGAGCAUGGUGAAGAUCCAGAGGAAGAAGCAGGACCUGGUGGAGAAGGCUUUCGGCCCCACGAACACUGAUAGGAAAACAUCUCGCAUUGAUGACAUAAAAGCUCUGAUGGAGCUUUAGACAGACAGUGGACAUUGAAAUGUCUGAGUUGUCUUUGAACAGUUCUCUUUCGGGCCUCACAGUUAACAUGUGAAGGGCUGCGUAGCUUGCUUGCAAACAUUGUCAAUGUUUUGUGCAUAUUUUGAAAAGUGAUUGUUUCUUUUAUAGUUUAUCAUGUUCUAAAUUUUCUUUCUACUUCUAUUUAAUUACUAUUUUGAUACUGGUUUACUUACAGGAUGCAUGCGUAGGACUUGUGUGUCUUUGAUUUAUGAUGAGCUCCGCUAAUGCACGGAGUUGGCUGAGUGUGUUGAAAGUUAAUACCCUGGGAUAAAGACUGGGGAGAAAUACCAACCUGUAGCUUAACUCUUCAGGUUGUCAACCAUGAAGAUUAAGAUGUUCUGUAUGUUCCAUUUUGUUGGAUUAAAGAAAUACAGACCACU